AUGCUGAAGCACGUGGUAGACUUUUUGUCUGUAUUUUUUAUUUUGAAUUGCUCUUUUCUCCAGGUCUUUUUGGUCCUUGCGCUCUUCAAUAUUGAAGUACACGAGGCUGUUAUGCAGGUGGUUGCCGUUGCGGAAAAAGGUGAACUUUAUCCUGGCCAAGUAGUUCGUUUUGACAAGAACUUUCAGUCAGUUGCGAAACGUUGAAAUGCGACAAAACGCCGGGUCAAGUCUGUUUCCAAGAGGCGGACAAGAUACCGAAAUGUGUGAAACGGGACCCUCUCCAGAAGUAUUGUAUCGACAAACCUUGCAAUAUGGCCAUGAACUGCACGGAUUAUGAAAACGGAUACUUCUGCCUGAGCGUCGAUUACGGUUCGUUGUUUUUUCUUCAUUUACUGGGAAAGAUUUUAUGGUUUUUAGUGUCCUUUCCAAGUAGUCUUUGAGGAGCCUCUUAAGUGGUCACUAAAAAUUUUUACAGUAUAUUAAUCUACUUCUUACUUUAAAAACCAAAAAAAAAAAUUAUCAGAGAAACUUGGCUGGAUAGUAGCUUUUAAAUAUCCUAGAAAAAAAUUUUUUUUCAGAUUUUUGACUUAAAAUUUAGUUAUGACGCAUUAAUGUUCGCAAACUAUACACUUUAUAUAAAAACGCGUUUUUUGAAACUUUUGAGUGAAGCUUAACUUGGUUAUAAGGCGAAAUUUAUUAAAAAAAUAAGAAAAAAACCUCCCAUGAGAGUCAUGAAAAAAAUAGAACUUUUCAGACAAACCGGGCAGUUGCUACAACUUGCUUUGUCAAGAAAAGAAAGAAGUUUGUGUACAGCCGAAGGGAGAAUCUGCGAGAUGCGUCAAAUUAAGCAGUGAGUUCCAAAAUUCACGCAUAUUUCCUUAGAUUAGAGUUUUUAGUAUUUUUUUUUUAGUUUGCGGAACGGUUUCAGUCGGUUAAUUCGAGUUGAGACAAGAGCCGCCUACUUUAAAGAUGUAUUUUUGAUUGAUUUUAUGAGAACUUUGUUAAUGAUUCUUCUUUUCAAGGUGUGUGUAUUUCAGAGCAGGAAUCUCAAAAUCUUAACCUAACAGUCUCGAUUUUGUCUAGAAAAACUGAAUCUUCGAAAAAACAGGGUCAAAGAACUUUAGAAGCCCCGAAAUGUCAUGGCCCGAACGAAUUUUUCACGGACUGUGAAGCCGGUUUCGAAUCAACUUGCGAAAAUCCAGUACCAGUAGGAUUUGUACCUGAUUCCCUGGAAAGAGGGGACAAUUUUUAGGUUAGCGACAAGUACGUGUGCAAUACCGGCUGCAUUUGCCGCAAAGGAUUCGCGAGAAUCAACGGGACUUGUCAGACUUUUGACGAGUGUCCCGAAAUCGAAAUGGAAGGUUGAUUGAACAUCUUGAAAUCUGGAUAGUAUUAUGAACUGACUGAAGGCAAUAACACCUGCGAUUCGACCGAGUACCUCACCGACUCUCCGCCUCUGUGUUUGGUCAACUGUCAGGGCGAGAAAAGGGUACUUGUUUUUGAUGUUCAAAUGGAUUUUCUUCAUUUUUCUCUGGAAUUUUCUGAGAAUCUUCCAAAAUAUUAUUAGAAAAAGACUCGCAUAGUAUCGAGCUGCAUAAUCUUAUAAUUUUUGAAAAAAACUUCAGCCUCCGACGUGGACUAUUAUGAGACGCAAAAAUCGUAUACUCUAGUUUACAGGUCUUAAUCUGCGUGAAAAAACUGUAGGUUUUUAGGUUUUCCUACUUUUUUUUUUGAAUAAAAAAAAACGUGAAAAGCCUGUUUUAAAAACUGUUUACUGUUUAUUGCAUCUUCAAUGUAAGAGUACAUGUGCAAUCGACUUUCAUUGAUUUCAACUGUGUUUAAACGGCGCCAGGAGCUGUGGCUUAGGCAGAGAAGUUGUGAAUUUCGCUCGUAGAACAUCAGGUACAAGAGAGGCCGUAGGGAGAAGUACGGUGCCGGCUUUCCAAAGGCCGAUGGCAGAGAUUGAGCCUUUUCGCUGCAGCUCCCAAAUUUAUCUACCCCGGAGGGAUGAAAGGCUUGGUCGACCUCGGGGGGACUCGAACCUACGACCUUGCGGACGUUAGAAAUGAGUUAUACCAGCUGAGCUAUGCCGCCUUGUCUCGGUUUUGAAUAUAAUGUUACUAGUAUAAAAAACUUAUAUGAGAGAUUUUCAGAGGGCCAAAUAAAAUGACUUACCUUGUCUAAUCAUCUCACUUCAACUCCUAUUCAGUGCGAACCAGCCAAAAAAGGCGUUUCCGUCUGCACUUGCCGGCCCGGAUACAAAAGAAACUCUUUGGGCAACUGCGUGCACAACACGCAAUGUUUCACAGGUUUUCAUUUUCUCGAGAGGAAGUUUUAAUAAUAGAACAUUUGAAAAUUUGAUCCCACUGCGCUGAGACUUUUUCUAAAACACACCCUGACCUUGAACCAAGGAAUAUUCGUCGUUAUUGCCUUUCAAUCGACUUGUGGCACUUCGAAAUUGACAAGAAAAAGUUUCCCCUGUGCUUUCAAAGAGUACAACGUUCUGCCUUUAAAACUGAACUAAAAGGCGAAACUUGUGAGAAAUUUUCAGUCAGUCUGUGAUAUCAGCCAAUUUUUCCUCAAAUUCUCGAACUUUGUCCUUCUACGAUUCCCUUGUCAAACUGAAAAAAAUGUUAUUUUUUCUCAGACAAGUGCGGUCCGAAUGAAGUUUGGGACAAAUGCAAAGGCUGCGAGAAGAAAUGCGGCCCUUCGAGGCUGAAAAACUGCCACUCGAGAUAUUGUUAUCCCGGAUGUCGUUGUUCAGACGGAUUCCGUCGUAAUCAAAAUGGAACCUGUGUACUUUCAGCUAAGUGCUAGAAUAACUUCAAAAUCAAUAAAAUAAAAAAAUUUUGGUUUUUAUCUUCCUUUUCUCACCGAAAUUGAAAAGAAACGGGAGAAUACCAUGCUGAAAUUAGCCAUUGAGCUACUCACAAGAAAAAAAUUCAGUGAAAAUUUUUGAAUUAGUUUUUUGGAAAAAUAGUUUUUUUAUAUAUAUAUAGUUUAUUCACUGCCGUUAUCUAACAGAAAAAAAAUAUUUGAAGAAUAAAUGAUCAAGUGAAGAAUAGGCAGAGAAAUAACAAUACACAAGAAAUAGUCAACACCAACGAGUUGACGGGUACCCGGAAAUAUGACAAAUUAAAAUUUUUUUUAGUAGGCCUAUAACACGGAUUCAGGCCUAAAACUAAUAUUUCGCAGCUUUGAAAGUUUAUACUCUCCAAACAUUGAAAGUUGCAGAUACGAUCAUGAGAAAUCUCAAUCUAUAUCUCUAGGGAAAAUUUUGAGGACAUUUAUGAAAAAUUUCCCUUUUAGCGUUUUUUUUUUAACGUAUAACUAAGUUUCAAGUUUUUCGUUGAUUCUCUAGAUUUCAUCAAAAAUGAGUUUCAGCUUCAGACAAAUAAAGAAGUUUCAGUGUUUCCUUCGGGAUUUAAAAGUCGAAAAUUGGAAAUAAGAAGAGUACUUCGAAAAAUUAUCCCCAAAAGACUUUUUUUUAAUUCUUUAAUGGAGAUAGAUCCUAAUGAAGAGACAGGAUAAAAAUUUGGAAGACUAUCUGAGGAACCUGAACCAGAUGAAGGUAACAUGAGCAAAGAUAGUUGCAGAAAAUGACGUGAUCGAAAAAAGUUUCCGACUUUCCUAUGGUUUGGACUCGCAAUGCUCUUUACUAACAGAAAAAAGCAGACGGAUUCCAACUACAGCCUUUUUUUGAACCUUUCUCGUCUAUUUGGAAGUAAUUGAACCACCGCCAUAGUAUUAAUCCGAUCGGAACGGAAUUCGGCGGGAAUCUGUAUUUUUGGACUACGCGGCAUGCUGAAGCACGUGGUAAAUUAUUUGUCUGUAUUUUUUUUUGUCAUUAUUUUUUCAGGCUUUCUUGGUCUUUGCAGUCCUCAAUGUGAAAGAAACAUUUGCUGUUCAAGCGGUUUCCGUUGGAAAAACAGGUUUUAAAAAUUAGUCUUAAUUUUUUGGACUUAAAAAAUUAUUUUGUCUAGCUCCACCAGUGACUUGCGAGACACUGAAGUGCGACGCAAAGAAGAACGAAGUCUGUUUCCAAGAAGCGGAGAAGAAACCGAAAUGUGUUCAACGAGAGUCAAACCGGAAAUAUUGUGUCGACAAACCUUGUAAUAUGGCCAUGACUUGCAACGAUUUGGAAAAUGGAUACAUAUGCUAUAGCGUCAUGUAUAGUUAGUUAUUUAUCCAAUUUUAUUCAAAGAAAGAAAAUUCAAGAUUCACCUGGCAGUUGCUACAACUUGUGGUGGUGCGACAAGAAGACGGAAGUUUGCGUCCAGAAAAAAGGAGACUUUGCGGAAUGCGUCAAAAUUAACAGUUAGUACUAAUUGCUUGCUAGUUGGAAAUCAAUUGAAAAUCAGGAAAAAAGUCAUAUAUAGAGGUGAUAUUCACGAUAGAAAAGACUCCAUUUUUCAUAAAAAGGCCUUGAAAAACAAACAAGAUGUUUUGAAUUCUUAACUUGGUUUCAGAAAAUCCCAAGUACACUAGUGAAAUAUUCCCAUUCUGAUGGUACAAAUUUUGACUCGAUUGAGAUGUAACUGAAGUUACGAUAGUUCGAGGAAGGAAGAAACGAAAAAAAGUGCACAAGUUUUCAGAAGCUCCAAAAUGCAAAGGAGCCAAUGAAGUCUACACGGAUUGUGAAGCCGGCUGUGAGGCCACCUGCGAAAAUUUGGCCCCGGUAUGUGGGCGCACCCCGGGAUGGGAUCCAGCCGACGUAUGAUUCAGGAACUAAGUCGGAAACCAAAUUUAAGAUAAACGAAAAGAAUGAAAUUAUGAGUCGGGAGCUAAUAAUGACAGGUAUGCUGGAGCUUCUGACGGUGGCUUAAGUGAAAUUCGAAAUUGAAAAACGAUUUUUUCCUGAAUAGACAAACUAUAAAUUUCUUCAGGAAUGCGACAAGUACGUGUGCAAUACCGGCUGCAAUUGCCGCCAAGGAUUUGCGAGAAUCAACGGGACUUGUCAGACUUUUGACAAAUGUCCUAAAAGCGAACUUGAAGGUUGGCUAAUACAUUUUUUUGUAAAUCAGAUAGAAAAAAAUUGAAGUGAAAAAAUGCGCCGCGACCGAGUUUUUCACCUACUUCCCACCAUGGUGCACUAUCAACUGCCGAGGCCAACAGCAGGUUUAUAAAUUCAUGAAGCCGUUUCCCGUCUUGAGCUUAUUGAAAACAGAUAAAUUAAUACUAACGUUUAUUCGGCAUAGACGCAGAUAUUUUCACGAGUUUUUACGCUCAAGCCAGCGGUAUUUAGGUUAAUAAUCUUUUUUAUUUGAAUUUCGACGCCUCUAAACCUUUUCUUCAUGUUGUAAGUUUUUGCUUUGAGGCAUUUUAAAACGUUCGAAAAACUUCUGUUUUGCCUCCAAUUAGUCUUACAAGACCUCGAAAACUUAGUUCUCAACGUUCUGCGACAGUCUGAUCUUUCUGUGUCUAUUUUCCCUUACCGAUGAGGUCGUAAAUAAAAAGCAUUAAUUUUUGUCUUAACUUUUACUUUAAAUGUAUAACUUUAGUGCGAAUCUUACUCUGAUUACGGUCCCAACUGUGCUUGCCGCCCGAAUUACAAGAGAAACUCUUUUGGGAAGUGCGUACACAACACACAAUGUUUCAAAGGUUUUGUGGCGUUUAAAAUGGAAAAAAAAAUUGCAUUGAUUCAGACAAGUGUCCACCGAAUGAAGUCUGGGACAAAUGUAAGAACUGUGAGACAAAUUGCAAGGCUACCGGAUUGAAAAGCUGCCGUUCCAAGUAUUGCUACCCCGGAUGCCGAUGUUUUGACGCGUUUCGUCGCAAUUCAAAUGGAACCUGUGUCCUUCCAGAUAAAUGCUAA